UCACGGCAUUUUUAACGUCUAUGAUCAUUCCUGACAAUAUCGGACGGCUUCCACGACGUACUGCCUAAGUCUCCCUUGAUGGACUCCUAUAUAGAGCACCCAGAACCGAUCGUUGAGUGUUAGCUUUCCGCUACUGGAAUUUAGUGUACUGUCGUCGUCUUCUACUUCACGGCAGUUUUCCCUUAGUCGUCUUUCAUGGGCAAUGGGCGUGGGAUUCCUUUUGUGAUUCUUAUUGUGACGAUCCUCAUACUUCCGUUGAUUCUCCCGGUUUCUGCGGACGGAUUGACUAGGAUCGCGCUGAAGAAGAGAUCGCUGGAUGAGAACAGCAGGGUUGCCGCAAGGCUUGUUAAUGGUGAAGUGGAUCCCCUAAAAUAUGGCGGGAUUGGUCUCAGAGGAGUUUUGGAUGGAUCGGAGGAGGAUAUUAUAAGGUUAAAAAAUUACAUGAAUGCUCAGUACUAUGGAGAGAUUGGCAUCGGUUCGCCUCCGCAGAAGUUUACUGUGAUAUUUGACACUGGAAGCUCGAACCUAUGGGUUCCAUCGGCAAAGUGCUACUUCUCGGUCGCUUGUUUUUUUCAUUCGAAGUAUAAGUCCAGCAAAUCAAGCACCUACAGGAAGAAUGGGCAAUCUGCUGCCAUUCAGUAUGGAACUGGAGCAGUUGCAGGAUUCCUCAGUCAAGAUCAUAUUACUGUUGGUGACCUUCUUGUGAAAGAUCAGGUUUUUAUUGAAGCCACCAAGGAGCCGGGUGUGACUUUCUUAGUGGCAAAAUUUGAUGGCAUUCUUGGUCUAGGAUUUAAAGAAAUAUCAGUUGAUAAGGUGGUACCUGUGUGGUAUAACAUGGUGGAUCAGGGUGUUAUUAAAGAUCCUAUUUUCUCUUUCUGGUUAAAUAGGAAUUCAAAGGACGGUGAUGGUGGUGAAAUAGUGUUUGGAGGUUCUGACCCGAAGCAUUACAAGGGUGAACACACAUAUGUCCCUGUGACUCUGAAGGGCUACUGGCAGUUUGAUAUGGGUGAUGUUCUUGUUGGUGGUAAAAACACUGGAUUCUGUUCUGGUGGUUGUGCAGCUAUUGCUGAUUCUGGUACUUCUUUGAUUGCUGGACCAACUACAAUUAUUACAGAAAUUAACCAGAAAAUUGGAGCUGCUGGUGUUGUUAGCCAAGAAUGUAAAACAGUUGUUUCUCAAUAUGGCCAGCAGAUUUUGGAUCUAUUGCUAACAGAGGCCCAACCAACGAAGAUAUGCUCUCAGAUUGGUCUCUGUACUUUUGAUGGCGCUCACUCAGUCAGCAUCGGCAUUGAGAGCGUGGUCAAGGGCAAUGGGGUUAAAUCUUCCCUUGGCAGGAGUGAUGCCAUGUGCGCUGCUUGUGAGAUGUCUGUUGUUUGGAUGCAAAAUCAGUUGAGGGAGAAUAAAACACAGGAACUCAUUCUAAACUAUGUCAACCAGCUAUGCGAGAGACUUCCUAGUCCCAUGGGAGAAUCCGCUGUUGAUUGCGGUGAUGUUUCCUCAAUGCCUGACGUUUCUUUCACUAUCGGCGGCAAGACAUUUGAACUCACAGCUGAGCAGUAUAUUCUGAAAGUUGGUGAGGGACCAGCUGCACAAUGCAUCAGUGGAUUCACAGCUUUGGACGUGGCCCCUCCUCGGGGUCCCCUAUGGAUUCUGGGAGACAUAUUCAUGGGAGUCUAUCACACGGAGUUCGAUUAUGGAAACCUGAGGGUUGGGUUUGCUAAAGCUGCUUAAUAUACAGAUGCUAACUCCCAUAUGGUUGUUAUAGGACAGAAAAACUAUUAUGUUUUAUAGAUGAAUUUACAAUCUCAGUACUGAAAAUUUACUAUUGUAAAUAUGAUGCGUUGUUUCCAUACCUGCAAACAAACUUUAAUUUUUUCUUUUGAGAAUGAAAUGCAAUAUGAUGUGUGCUAAUGCGUGAUUUAAAUUUUUUU